GCCUCUCAGUCUGUAUCUCUCCUUCUGUCUCGCUGUCUGUUCCCUCCGCCUCUUUCCCUUCAUUUCCUUCUCUCUCUCACAUCGUCUCUUAUCUGUCUCUGUUUUUUCUCUCUUUCUUUCCCUCAUUGUCUCUGUAUGAUCAGACUAUGAUCUUGCAGGAGUAGCGCAUCUUCACGCACCUCUGAUGGAAGAAGGAUGAGUGGAGUGGGUAUGAGUGGAGUGGUUGGGGUAGUUCAUGAGCGCCCUUCACUAGACCCAUCAUCAAUCUGCAAUUCGAAAACGAGCUGACAUGGAUAUGUACGACAUUUUGGGGUCGGUGCUAUCUACAGGCGAACUUGUUCAUUUUGGGUUCUUGUAUGGAGCGCAUGACUGACGGCGCACUAAAGAAGGAGGGUGUACUCUAAGAAAUAUCAGCUAGUUCUGAAAAAGUGAAAUAAAACUAACCAACUAAAAGCAUGAGCUCCUAUUUCGUCAGUUCUAUCUUCAGCAAACUAAAAGGAAAUGACUCGCUUCGCCCCAGCUACUAUGAGGUGUCUGGCUACGCGGGGGAUGUGGGGGGCAGGCCGUCUGUACUUUAUGGACACAGCGCAGAAUCUGCUGUCCACCACGCUGCGCAGUUCCAGGACCUUUACUCUUUUGGCGCAUCGCCUUAUAUUCACGCGCACGCCUCUCACACCCAGAGCGCAGGACCGUACGCAGAGCCUAGCGGAGACCUGCUGGAGCACGACAGGUCUAAUGGACAAAACCUUUACCCUCUUCCGGACCCGAAUCUAAGCCAGCAGUUCGGAGACUGCGGGUUGAAGGCGAGCUGCCUGAGCGAUGGCCUGGAGAGCGCAGCCGUGUAUCCAGCCGAGUUGUACCCCUGGAUGAGACCCCAAGGUGGGGGGAGGAGGCGAGGCAGACAGACGUACAGCCGCUUCCAGACGUUGGAGCUGGAAAAGGAGUUUCUGUACCGGCCCUACCUGAGCCGCAGGAGGCGAGCGGAGGUGUCGCGUGGACUCGCGCUGACAGAGAGACAGGUGAAGAUUUGGUUUCAAAACAGGAGGAUGAAGUGGAAGAAGGAGAACAACAGAGAUAAGUUCCCCAGCAGCAGAGAUGAGCAAGAGGAAGUCGAAAAACAGUGGUGCCAGCGCGCAGAGGACACUGCAACCCACAUAGCUGAAAAGAAGGAAACGCCACUUUAAGAAAAUGAAUGUCAAAGACAAGAUGUGACGUGUAUAUAUAUAUAUAUAUAUAUAUAUAUAUAUAUAUAUAUAUAUAUAUAUAUAUAUAUAUAUAUAUAUAUAUAUAUAUAUAUAUAUACUUACCAGAUUACUUGACUGGACAGUUUCUUAAAAGAAAGGAUCAGAUUUUUGGCACUGUAGGACACUGUUGUUAUUUGUUAUUAAAGACAUACAAUCAUUUUCAUGACACAGUUACAAGUUGUAUUAGCAGUAUAGUAUGUAUAUUGCUAUAUAAGUGAUAAGCGAUUUCGGCACUAAUGACAGCGUAUCUGACAAUUGUGUCGAAAAUUUUCGGGAAAAUGUGGUUUUAAAACGGUUUAAUUUGUGAAAUUGCCAUGUAAUGCAAUGUAAUUAUACCGUAGCAAUAUAAUGUAGUAGGACAUUGUAUUUGAGACAUGUAACCUUCUGCCUCCUCUACCUUAUAUACA